GGGUGUUCCCGCUCUGCUUGUUGGUCUUUCCCGACUCCUGGGUAACUGGCACCCAACAGAGGCGGGAGGCGGCCUGGGGUCUGCCCCGCCGUCUCCGCCUAGUGUACGUUCUCCGCCAGUGUGGUACUGGUUCCGGCAGCUCGGUGCCCGCCGUUCCCUCUUGAUUCACCAGCCGUCCCCGUACUGGUGGGCCGGCCGCCUGCGGUAAUGGUGUAGAUUAAUAGACAUUCGCAGCGGAACAAACAAACAAGGAUACUCCAACCCUUUCAGUGUAGUGCACUGACAAACAGAUCCAGCCAUGCCUGCAGAAAGGGAAAGUGAUAUGGAGAGGAUUGGCCUCUUCAGUGAAAUGGGUUAUGUUACCAUUGGAGACAAAAUAUGUAUCCACGUUAUAUGUCCUUUUAAUGAAGCUGCAAACAAGAACAGACAGAUGUUACCUGGGGGGUCCAAAACAUUGUCAGCUCUGCAGGCAGGUUAUUUUGAUCCUCAGUUUGUGCGGGUUUUUGAAGCUGAAGCCUACUCAGACCCUGUUCGGCUACGGAGACGCUAUAGAAUGACAGAAUCAAAGAAAAAUUUGGGCACAGCUUUCCUUCCAACUGAUGGAGACAAAUGGCCAUGUGACUUGGCACCUAUAUAUGGAACCAUAGGAGGACCGUUUCCAUACUUUAGUGCUCAACGAAAAUCCAAAAGAUAUGUUCCACCUGGGAAAGAAUUUUUAUACAAUCCAGGAAAGAAAGGAACUGGAUAUGGUUAUGCAAACCUUACCAUAGGUGAACAAUAUCCACACAAACCUGAUGGGUAUGAUCUAGAAAGAAUAAAUGCAAAGAAAGCACGAGAGCUACAUAAACAAUUGCUUAAAGGAGGGCCUUUCAAGUUAAAUCUAUAUCCCCAGGAGUAUUUUGAUGCAAAUCCCUACUUUAAUGAUAAACCUUUGCCACCUGUGAAGAAAGCAGUUCCAAAAAAGCCAGUUGCACCACCUUUCAAACCAAGUUCUCCUGGUAAAAAGCCUGGGGGCAUGAAAGCAGGCACAUUUGAUCCAUACCCAAGCCAUUCCACUGACCCUUAUAUAGUAAAAAAGCCUCAGACUGCAGAACUACCAAGGAGCAACGGAUUUUUCAGCCCUCCUCCAGGACCAAAAAGCAGACCUGUUACAAGCAUAGUAACUUUAAAUGUCUCAAGAUCACUAAAUGUAAAGAACUACAAGACUGCACAGCUGGCAUCUUAUUAGGUACAAAAGGUCAAAUGAAGGGUACACUUUCUAGACUCUAUAAUAAACAGU